UAGUGCAUUUCUGUAAAUUAUUAAGAAGUAAGGGAUUCCAAACAGUAAAGCUGAAGGAUGCCAUCUGAAGUGUGCCUCAGUAUUCAAGAUAUGCUGACUGGUCAGAGACUUUGCCAAUCCAGUUCUCACAAUGAUGCUGUCCUGGCAGCUCUGAACCAACAAAGAAAUGAUGGGAUACUCUGUGAUAUAACUCUAAUUGCUGAAGAACAGAAAUUCCCAGCUCAUAAGGCUGUGCUAGCAGCAUGCAGUGACUAUUUCAGAGCAAUGUUCAGUCUUUGUAUGGUUGAAAGUUGUGCAGAUGAAGUGAAUUUGCAUGGCAUCACAGGAAUAGGUUUAAAGCAAGCUCUGGACUUCGCGUACACUGGACAGGUUCUGCUGGAGCCAGGAGUGAUUCAGGAUGUGCUUGCUGCAGGUAGCCAUCUCCAGCUGCUGGAAAUGCUGAGUUUAUGUUCACACUAUCUUAUCCAGGAGUUAAAUAGCUUUAAUUACUUGGAUCUCUAUAAACUUGCUGAUCUUUUCAACCUAAAUCUACUGGAGAAAGCCGUGGUUGAUUUUUUAGUGAAACAUCUCUCAGAACUACUAAAUAACCACCCUGACGAAGUCCUGGCGCUGCCAUAUUGUCUCAUCCAAGAAGUUUUGAAAAGUGAUCAACUCACAUCACUCAGCGAAGAACAAAUCUGGCAGCUAGCUGUGAGAUGGCUAGAACACAACUGCCGAUAUCAGUACAUGGAUGAACUUCUACAGUACGUUCGAUUUGGGCUUAUGGAUGAGGAUACACUGCAUACAGUUGCUCUCUCACACCCUCUUGUCCAAACUAGUGAAACGGCAACAGCACUGAUCAAUGAGGCUUUGGUCUAUCAUCAAAGUAUCUAUGCACAGCCAAUUUGGCAGACCAGAAGGACGAAACCUCGCUUCCAGUCAGACACUCUUUACAUCAUAGGUGGAAAAAAACGGGAAAUAUGCAGAGUUAAAGAGCUGCGAUACUUCAAUCCUGUGGACCAAGAAAAUGUUCACAUUGCAGGGAUUGCAAACUGGAGUGAGCUGGCUUCCAUGCCAGUGGGAAGAAGCCACCACUGCGUGGCUGUAAUGGGAGAUUUCCUCUUUGUAGCAGGCGGUGAAGUUGAACAAGCCACUGGCCGCACAUGUGCAGUACGGACUGCUUGUAGAUAUGAUCCCCGUAAUAAUUCCUGGGCAGAAAUAGCUCCGAUGAAGAAUUGCAGGGAGCAUGUUGUACUUUUUAUUUUUUUUCUUGGGGGGGAUGAAUUUCUCUAUGCUGUGGGAGGCAGAAACGAGCUACGUCAAGUUUUGCCAACUGUUGAACGAUACUGCCCUAAGAAGAAACAAAUGGACUUUUGUUCUGUCCUUGACAGGUCCCUUUCCUGUCAUGCGGGAUGUGUUGUGGAUGGUCUUCUUUGGAUAUCAGGUAGAAAAUGUUUCACCCGCAACUUUGAAGACGAAAAGCAUGACAAACAGUUUGUAUCAGUGGCAUUCGUUUGGGGCACAUGCCUUAGAAAGGUUUCCUUUGUUUGCUGGAAAUUGAGUUUUAAUACAAAGGGCAGGUGGUAUAUAUUUCUGAGCUACAGAUACUCAGCAAUAGGUAUUCAGCACAAAGGAGAGGAGUUGUAUGGCCAGAGAAUUGUAUACAGGGAUAAUGAAAGUGCAGUGUCUGCUGAACAAAGCAAUUACAAUUUAAAUAGAAGUGUCCCCAGCAAUUUAUUUUAAACAUAUUGUAUUGGCCCAUUAAGAGGAAGAUGUAUGUAUCCUUAUCUCUUGAUGCCAAUAAAUGCACUCUGAUUCUUUUUUCACAAAUUGUUGGAUUCAGUACCUAUCUUAGUUGAAGUAACAUUUUUAAGGCAUGAAACUUAAGCAAAUAAUAGUUGUAUGUCAGUGAUCUUCCACAGUUACAGAUUGGGUCU